CCAGUCCUGACUGGAGCAGUGUGACUCAAGAGAUAGACUAGUGCUAUUGUGCUGCCCUUUCCACCUCAUAAUGCUGUUAGAGGCUGUGUCCCACCAACACAAGAGAGUGCACCAAGCAAGAAGAAGAUGUGAGACCCACGAGACAGAGAAUCUAAACCCAGAGAUGGGCAAAGGCAGUUCAGGGAUGACAGCCAAAGGAGGUCUCAAGAUGGCAGCUGCCAAUAGUUGGCAGUCAUCCAUAAUCUCAGGAGAAGACAGCAAACUGGCCAAAAAGCAAAAGCAGAUGAGUCUCAUCCUGUUGCCCAGGCUGCAGUGCAGUGGCACCACCUCAGCUCACUGCAACCUCCACCUUCCGGGUUCAAGGGAUUCUCGUGCCUCAGUCUCCCAAGUAGCUGGGAUUACAGAAUACAGAGUAGGAGCCCCUCCACUCCCUUCUCCCUUACAGAAAGAAGACCAAGUUGGUAUGUACUGUAACAUGCUUACCUCAUCCUGGUUAUGACUGAAGUCCUAUAAGCUUCAACUAAUUUAAGCAACAAUCUGGUGACCAACAGAAGACUGUGUCUGAACCAGGUAGCAUUUGCUAGAAGAGCUUCAAAGAAGAUUGUCCCAGAGAUCCCUACCAAUAGUCUCGUGCACACAGUAUGUGUUCAUUAGAUAUUCUGUACAGCUGUUAAAUUGUAGGUAACUAUAA